AAUCGUCCGCCGUCAUUCCUCUCUCCCCUCCCUCCCUCGCGCUAAAUCGACCGACCUGCUUUCGACCUGCUUUCUCUCCUCUCAUCUUGCAUAUCCAUCUUUUCCCUCUUGCGGUCUCCUCCCCUCCUAUCCCUCCUCUUUCUUCUACCAUCCUGCCCUCUUCCUCUUCUCUACGUCGCAAUUCCUGCGCCCUGUUUCCCUUGACCUUUCCUCUUCCUCCUUAACCUUUUUUUCCUUCUUUCCCUUUCCUUCGCUCCAUAUUUUCUCGCCUUUGUCCCUUCUUCCUCUUCCCUCCUCCUUACCCCACCUUCCGCUUCUCCCCGUCCGAUUUAAUCAUAGAUCCUCAUCAUGUCCGAAAAUAAGUUGCGCCCUUUGGCUUCGGCCCCUUUUGGUGCCAAUACUGCUCUCUACAAUCACAAACGCAGAAAGAAUAUUGGUACUGCUUGUGCCGCCUGCAAAAUACAGAAACUAAAGUGUACCGGAUCUGUAUCCUAUACCAGCUGCGUUAAAAGCAAUAUUAAAUGUACUCUUAAUAAGAAUGCUGAUAAACGCUGUCGGGGCGCUCUCAAAUGCAAGAUCGAUGAAUUAGCAGAUAAGGAGGUAUUGCUGGUCUAUUUUGUGAGUGUUAUUUGUGAAAGUGGUAAUAAUUAUAUCAUGCCCCUCAUCGACCUCAUCCGCACCGAUCCC